UGUUCUCCACACAUCCUUAUCUUCUCCCAUGGACACUUUGACCGUAGACAGCAUGCAGCUAUUUAACUACAUAUCAACAGCCCUUAUUCAUCGUCAUUUAGCCCCUCAUUCAGCAUGACAAGCGAUAGAAUUUACCAUCUCGCGGUGGCUGGGAUUCUGACCGCCGCCGACCUUCAAAACAGCCACGACGAGCUGCAUUUUGUGCACCCCAAAACGAAGCUGACGGCGCUGGCUGCGGCAGUCUGGAACGGCCAUAAACAUACCGUCAAGCUGCUUCUCGAUUAUGGCGCAGAUCCAGAUGGAACGCCUGGGUCGCGUCCUCCGCUGUGGGUUGCGGCAGGGAAGACAAGGAGGAACGCCAACAGCAUCAUCGACAUUCUGCUCAGACAUUAUGCCAACGCAUCUCGACCGUCGAGUUUCGAUGACAACUCCACGCCUCUUCUGCGUGCCAUGCUGACGCUCAAAUCGCCAGCCAUCCUGCGCGCGCUCGUCAAAGCCGGGGCGCGUCCGGCGGUUCAAAACAACAAAGGAGAAUCGGCGGAAAAUGUCGCGACAAGAAGAAACGACCAUCAACGCGCAGCAGCUCUUUUCUCAAAACCAUCACCGGUAAAUGAUAGACUGGAGCGGUUUGGGGCUUUUCUGAGUGCAAUCGUGCUCGUUGUCGCGUGCAGACAUGAACAACCGAUGAUUGCAUUGGCAGCGGCAGCAACCUUGAUUAUGAUCAAAGCGAGUGCGAUCAGAGAGUAUCUGCUCUUGAAUGGACUUAUUGAAACUGUUCAGACAACAGAGCUAAAGCAAGAGCUUACAGAGGAUAUUCAUCGUUUUCUUCAUCAAAAGCAGCUCAGUCGGUUCUUCUGCACAGAUGGCAGCUUCGUCAAAACUGUCAUCGAGCAUGCUGUGGCCUUGGAUAGUGACCCCGAAAACACGCUCGACGUCAAAGACUUGAUGCGACUGGCACUCUAUCAGACGGUUCUUUACUGUGAAUCAUCGUCCCAAAUGCAACAGAGCAAGCACUUCGAUGCUAUCGUCCAUCAUAUUGCCAGAAUCGCCACAUUUGUCAGUCCUGAAGACGGAAGUGCAACACGGAUUGGAAAAGGCUCGAAAGAAAACUUGAAUCCAUUUAUACGCGACUGUCUAGAAAGUCAGGCCAUGAAAGGACCUAUCCUUCUUGUUGUCAUCUCCGAAGAAGCCUGGAUAGGAGAGGCGAGCGCCGAUGCUUUGCAAGGACACAACCUGGACAUGCAAGGUGUCCAUUUCCACGAGAUCAUCAUUGACGAUACAGCAAGGAGUAUUAUGCAAACCGACCAACCAGGCUUGGAGAAAUACCUUUUGAGUCUAUUGAUAGCCCCUCUUAAUGAGACCGCUACUGAAAAAUGACUGAGACGGGAAUGUCCGAGUGAUAUGGCCAACCCAGUGUCGUGGUGUUGUAUAAACAUUUUCAAGUGGGACUGUUCUUGUAUAUACAUUCAUAAUCAUCGCUCAUUGCGAGGGAAAAUCUGUUCUUCUAGCGUGGUUUCAAUAUCGCAGAACACUAGUAUAGGCCGGCACAAUCGAUUGCCUCAUCUGUUCCCAUGAGAAAAUCAUUGGCAAACAAAUUAUCAAAGG